UCGCGGACCAGGGAAGUGCCACCAGGUAGGCUAUAUUAAAGAGACAUCGGGCUCCGGUCACUGGCUUUAUCCCCCUUGCCGGUGGAAAGCGUUUCUGACCUUUGGGAUUCAGUGGACCAUAAAAGCCCAAACAGCGGAGAUUCGAAUGCUGACCGGCAGAUAGUGUUGACACAACUCCAGAGUGAUCAUGAGGGGUCCCCGUCCCUCAACAUGCCACGGGGUCUGUCUGCUGGUAAUACUACUGGUCAGCGGUGGUCAUGCCGAUGUUCCGUUAGGCGGUUGGUGUCCAAAACCUGACCAGAGUGUCAAUUGGCUUGAAGUAAAUUUUCCUUCAGUGGUCAAUUUGACAUGCUUGACACUACAAGUGCCAUUCACCCCCGACAGUGAUAACGUUCCAACGGUCACUCAAUUCCGUGUGCUCUACGAAAAUGGGACUGACCAGUACGGCUCUCUCACAACCUAUGCAACUGAUACGGGAGCCGAGCAUUAUUGUGAAAUUCGUUCCUGCUACGAACCGUUUUGUUCUGAUGGUGAAAAUGGAACAUACUCGUCAAAAAGUAAAAGUAACAUCUAUGUUCCGGGCAUGCAGAUCGUCAAUGGAGAGUCAACACUGGCUCUCUCAGAAGGAGAAGUGAAGACUGUACGUUUAGUCUUCUCUGCGCCCCCAGCACUGCUGUGUGUCAUCGGAGGACUGGGGCCAGACUGCAAGGUUCUUGCGGCAGCCACUGUUCAAGACGACUCUCCGCUCAGAUGCUCCGGCAACCAGCGCGUGCUUCCCCAGCUGCUGUUCCCUCACGUGGAAGGUUCGAACGCCCGGUACAGUGCUAGUCAGUGCUCACUCCCCAUUGGCACCGGCGACUGGGAGAUCGAGCGCAGUAUUCCUGUGACUCCAAACUCCGGAGCUGGACUUGACGGCGUAUACCGGAGCACAAUCACCCUUGCUUACAGCCUCGACGGAAACUUUAAUACAAACAAUGCUCAGUCAUUGCAGUUGAACUCUACUUUCACUGGUCGCCAAGCUGUGUGUGAGUCUCUCAGCAUCACCCACGUCAAGACGUUCGAUGACAAGCGAUACGAAAACUAUGUGCAAGGUGAAUUUGUGCUGUACCAACACACGACAUUGCCUUUUGAGAUCCGCACAUUCUGGAAGGAUUGUGAAAACGCCAACAAUGGAGCACAAAGAGCUCGCUGUCAGUGUGGCGUGGCUGCAAGAAUAGGCGAUGACGUCAUUUUGCUAACUAGAUGUAUGGGCGAAGACAGGAUGGUUCCCAAACUGUUCACUGGCAAAACCCCAGCAGAGAAGUUCUAUGCAAGAAGCUACUAUGAUGGGAUGCGGUAUGAGAUCACAAUGCCAACAGGAGGUCGUCUCGUAGCAGAGGAAACCUAUCAGGGAUCGAUGAACGUGUGGUAUUAUGCGGGUCUUGCCGAUUUCAACUCAACCUCAGGCCUUUGUGGAACAUAUGACUCAGACAACACAAAUGACAUCAGUACAACAAGGUCUGGGGUGGUCACAGCAAACAUUGAUGAGUUUGCGACAUCAUGGAGAGUGGACCCAGCUGACAGCUACUACAACGGUCGCUGCGCCACAGGACACACGGCGGAAAGUGGACCUCUCCAGGCCUUCUCACAAUGUCUCUCAACUGACAGUGUGGGCUCUGUGGACAUCAUUGACUCCUACCUGACUUGCUACAUGUUUCAAGAAUUUGAUUUAGGUGCGGACGUCACCAGCUUUUUAAAGGCUACUCAAACCUCCCCUGGAAACUGUGUCGAAGGAGACAAUCUAGGAAACGUGUUUAGUUAUGAUUCCACAACUGACAGCUCGGACAAACCAAGUUCGUAUCCAGUGAACUGGGAUGAGAACACGGCACGAGAGGAAUGUGAAAGGACUGUCAACACCAGUGCUGUAGCAGAGAAAUGUCCCACAAGUUUGCUCAGUGAAGAAGAUAUAGCCAAUUGCAUGUCUGAUAUCAAGCUGACGGGAGACAGUGGUUGGUCAAGGACGUCUAUCGAGCUUCUGAAGGAAAGAUGCAGAAAUGUCUAUGGACAAGCAGGUCCACCAAAUGCUGUGCUGAAUGUGAUGUGCCCCCAGGAUUGUUCUUCACAGGGGAGAUGUACACAAGGCUCCUGUGCGUGCAGCCCAGACUUUGGAGGAGCCGACUGCUCGUACAACACCAGCGUUGCUCCUCAAAUUCAACAGCUCGUCCCAGCCCAGUGCAAUAUUCUCGUUGACACAUGUGACUCUGUCAUUAUUUUUGGAGACGGUUUCCUGAACACUGCAGACUUGGCCUGCUAUAUCCAAAGCAUUGAGGUAACAGCCUCCAAUUUCACAACCGUCAUGGGUAUCACCGAAGCAUCCAAGACAACUUUUGUCAGCUCCAAUCAAGUCCGGUGCAAUCUGCCCUCUGCAGGCAAUUAUCUUAUCUUUGUCGCCAAUAGGAAUGACUUGAAGAGCAAUGGGGUCCCUUUCAUUACUUUAAACCCUGCCUGCUUUGACUGCACAGAAAAUACCACCUGCAUGCAAAAAUCAAACAAGUGUUUCAUCAACGACGUUUGCUAUGAUGACCUGGAACAGAAUGCUCAGAAUAAUACGUUACUCUGCAACGCCACAAACAAUCCAUUGCAGUGGUCUAUGAAACUAAAUCCAUGUCCAGGAUCAGAGCCUGAGUGGGAAUCCGGAAUUCCGACAGAUACAGCUUUAGUCUUCCAUAACGACGAGACAGUAAGCAAUGUGAGCUCCGUCCAGGAAUGCAGGAAUCUUUGUCUGGAGAAUGUACAGCUUCCGUGCCAGUCUGUAGAGUACGACAGUAAGAGGCAAGACUGCCAUAUGUCCAAGACUACGAGAAAAUCAGCUAGCGAUUACAUGCUUCCUGUGAAUGGCUUUACGCAUGACGAAUGGGUUUGCAAGAAUGAUCGAUGCGAAGGCCAAGCAGUACAAUGGACGGAACAGGCGGAUACUGUAUCAGGAACAAAUAUCGAGAUACUGAAUGACGUGUGGACUAUUUCUAACUGUCGGAGACAGUGUCAGGAGAAUGUCCAGUGUGAAGGCAUAAACUUCCUUUCAUUGAGAGGUGUCUGCAUUUUAACAAGCAUAAACAGUGGCAAAGAACCUGAAGCAGCACCAGGGUGGAUCCACGAAACUUUCGCUUGCAGAAAUGAUUCCGACUCGUCAGGGUCCUCAAAUGCUGUCACUAUGGCGUCAGUUGUAGCUAACUUUGCAGGACCAGGAAAUGAUGAGUUCCGAUGUGACUUCCCUUUGAUAUCUGAAGGGUCUUCGGGCCUGCAGUAUGAUGUUCUGUGGGCUGUUGACGGUACCUGGAUAUAUGAAAGUACUCGGCCAAAUUCAACCUAUCUUCCCGAAGAGUUUAAUGAACUACGAUAUGGCACCACAUUGCAGUGCGCUGUCAGUGUUUGUGAAGCCCACAGGUGCGAGGAUACUCGAGGCCCGCUCACUACAUCAACAGUGUACCGAGUUGAAAUUAAGGUGGAGAAUGUGAAAGAUCUGGUCAUUCGUGAAAGUGAGAUUGGAGACCCUGUGACAGUGAGAGCCACCGCACCUCCUUACGUUCUCUGCCGGGGGAAGAUUGAAGCAGACACAGACGACUGCCAAAUCGACAUAAAACUGUCGACUGUGAAUAUCGGAUCUGACCCUUUGUGUCCAAAUGCAACCUCGGUGCCACAAGUGUCCUUCCUCAUAACGAAAGACAGUAGGGAACAACCUGCAUGCAGUUUAAGUUUUCUCAACUCUGACUGGCAAUCCACGUACACCGUCUCCGCUAAAGCAGUGGCGGAUCAGCUCUACGAUGGUGACCAUGUGAUAAAUCAGACAAUCAGUAUAGACUACGUCGUGGGCAAUAAAAUAAAUGGCACGGAAUUGUUUCAAGCAGUGCAAAUUACAGUGGUUGACAUGGAUUCCCAGGCACUGUGCAUGUCAGUGAACGAUCCUCACAUCACAACUUUCGAUGGCAGGUUGUUUCACAACUUCUUUGAAGGAGAGUUUGUUCUGUACAGACAUAAAACACAGCCUUACGAGGUAAGAGCGUUCUACCGAAAAUGUGCCGGAGGCCGAGCAUCUUGCAACUGCGCCGUUGCCAUCAGAGCAGGUGAUGACGUCAUCCUUAUUGACAAGUGUGGGCCGGUGGAUAGUGGAGCCAACAGCUUUUACCCAAUGACAACGAAAAUGUUCAGGAAAGGGACUCUGACUCCAGGAUUCCGUGUGCUCAGUCAGUAUGAAGGCCGUGAAUACAAGGUUGUAUUUCCGAGUGGCACAAUACUGCGGGUCGAGCGAAGCUCCAUCAAAAGUUACCACUAUAUUAAUGUGUGGUUGAAACCGUCUCCAUCUGACUAUGGACAAACAGAAGGUAACGUUUCUUAACAGGUUUACUUCAAAUUCAUAGCGACAACACAAUAUUAUAAUUUGUCGAACCUAGACUCCUAAUAAUUUUUAAUAACCCCACGUACGAUGGCAUAUUAUUUUACAACCCAAUAUAAGCUGUCAAUUAUCGGUUUUGCUCAAUGUUUCACCUAGAGAUUCUUUGAAAACAUUAAUUUCAUUAGUUUCCUUUGCGAUACAUGUACUAUGUUUCAUUUUGUAGUUGUGAGUGCAGUCUACGAAGUUUUUUAAGACUAUUCUUGCCUCACUGGGCUUACGAUUGUAGUAGAAUUUAUCUUAAAUACCCAACUCUCAAGGCAGUUAUGCAAGCUAUAACAGUGCAACACACACUCAUGUGCACACACACACACACACACACACACACACACACACACACACACACACACACACACACACACACACACCACAGAUACACACAUACAAUAAAUGACAUACUUACUUCGGAUUAUGACUGAUGCUGACACAUAUACCUGUAAUCGUAUUAUC